UUAUAUAUUUAUAUGCCAGGGAGAGAAAGGAGGCUUGAUAUUGGGGGGAGGUUAACUGAGACAAACAAGACAAACACUCCACAUGCGGUAGCAGGCACUAGCGUUCUGAUGUCACUUAGCGUGGCUCGCGAUAAGCCGCAAAUUCAGGCAUCAAAAGGAUCGCGAAGAGAACACCUCCCAGAAGAGCAUUUUGUGUCUAUAUAUAUAUCUGGUCUUUUUUAUCUGACACGAUUUCAAAAUGGAUAUGCCCGUGAAUGUACCCAUCGAUGACCCAAAUGCUGACACAGAAUGGAACGACAUUCUUCGGAAACAUGGAAUUAUACCAGAAAAGCCUCCAUCUCCUACUCCAAUUAUAGAAGAAGCAAUCGAGAAGGCCCGUCAGCUUGAGCACGAGAACCGGUUAGAGAACAAGACUUUGGACGAACUCGAUGCCCUGGAGGAUGAAGAAGAUGAGGAAUUCCUAGAGCAAUACCGGAAAAAGCGGUUUCAGGAAUUGUCUCGAAUACAACAGACGAGCAUCCACAACCAAGUCUACCCGCUUCAAAAACCCGACUACGCCAAAGAUGUGACCGAAGCAUCUUCAAAAUACUUUGUGCUAGUGCACCUUACCUCCUCGCUGGGAAACAAUAUAGAAUCCCAGAUACUCACCGAUAUAUGGAGGCAACUAGCCGCCAAGUACGGGGAUAUUAAAUUCUGCGAGAUGCGCGCUGACCUGUGCAUUGAGGGGUACCCCGAAAGAAACACACCUACCAUACUCGUCUACAAGGACGGGGACAUCAAGAAGCAGAUCAUCACACUACGAGAACUGAACGGAACACGGACUCGAGCCGAGGAUGUGGAAAAAGUGCUUGUUGAGUUGGGUGCGUUGGACGAACAUGAUAGCCGGUUGAAGAAUGCAUCUAGUACACCGAAGCCGGCAGAGAAAGAUGAGGAUGAUUACGACGACUGGGAUUGAUAUUGAAAGAGACUCUAUGUUUCUGCUUUUUUGCAAUAUGCUCCUCCCCUUACCCUCUCUUGGCCUUUUGUGAGUAUGUGUAUUAUAUACGAUUCUGGUUAGGUAAAAGAAGAUUCAAAUGGAGCCUGGGCAAGGGUGCGGUCUCUCAAAUCGAUAGUUUACGGUUGAAAGGGCCAAUCUUCCCUGCACCAAUGUGCAAGCAUGGGUGAUGGCUCCGGGGGCAAAUGACGAUUAUGAUUCCUGACCGUGAUAUAACUGUCAACUACAUACCUGUUCCUUGUCUCCAAGGUCAUAGCGUGCAUUCGAUCGGAUCACAUGGAAAGCUAGCAUCGCAUCUCAUCCAUGUUUCAACUAUUGGAAAUCAACCGUUGAUAGUCCCCAGUUGUAUGUAAGUGCAUCCCGAGGACGUCCUUGCGCAUUGUCGAUGUUGUGGCUGAGCGGCAGACUGUGACUACGGCCAUCUAGCCAGGAUACAGGGUAUUUGGGCUUCAGCCAGGGGUCCUGCGGAGAACCCUGGAGAGAAGAUGAAGGCCCGAAUGUCAUGGC